AAUAAAGUUGAAUAGCAAGUUCAAUUGUUUCGUCAACAAAAGUUUUUAAUCCAUUGAUGAUGAUAAAUUCAGAGUUUUGGGAAUGAAAAAACAAAUAAGAAAGCUUCAAAUAAGGGUUGAUUUCAUGGACUUUUUAUCCGUAAUCACUGACUUUCUUACCUGGAUAAAUUGGGUUCCUCCAUUAUUUUAAUCCUUUGUCUGUUCUAACCAAAUUAGUCCUACUAGAAUUGGCAUGGCUCUGUUGUCGCUAUACAGUUGCCCAGAAGAAAAGAUUUCUUGGUUGACCUGUUUAUGCACACUAUCUGUUCGUUUUUUUAUCCCAACCAAGUAGAUGUGUUUACUUUUGUCUUUGGAUUACUGAUUCGCUUUUCUUUUUUUGGUUUCUUACCAGUCUUUCUUCAAUGGGGUGGUUAUGACUGAAGUUAAUAGAAUAUAGGUGCAAUGAACAUUGCUUAGUGUGCUGGUUCAUGAAGCAAGCAAGCGCCAAUCAUGCUACAAUAAAUAUAACCCAUGUUUUCGUCAGAGCGGCAUUAAAAUAUUUAGUGUGUAAAGAACUGGUGGCAAUUGUCUUUAGCAGAUGGGUUUAGACUAUAAGUGAAUGAUUGUUAACAUAUAAGAAGAAAUGGUUGUCAACUGAUUAAAUAAACCCUACCUUAGUUUUGAUCCAAAAUGGGAAUUUUUAAAUGUUAAUAUUUUAGCUGAUGCUAUCACCAGGUAAACGGUUAGCUCUACAAUCGUCAUUAAUCAGGUUUAUUCAGUUUGGAGAGAGAGAAGUCAACGGAAAACCAAGAAUCAGAAUUGGAGAAAAAAGAAAUGAAGGAAGCCCAAGCAGACCAAUUCCAACCCCACCAAAACUACUACUACAAGGUUCUUCCUUCACUGAACUCAUUUUUCCGAAUUUCACAGCUUCAAACUAUCAAUUCAUCGACAACAAAGGCGCUUUCUUGUUCUCUCGUAAUGGAACAUUCAAAGUUGGUAUCUUCAAUCCCGGAGAACAGGCUAACUUUUACUUGGGCGUUAUGCAUGUUGCUUCCAACACUAUCAUAUGGUCAGCUAAUCGUGAUGCUCCUAUCUCGGGUUCAGGUGAAAUGGUCCUUACCGGCAAAGGAAUUAGCAUUGCUGAUCAAGAUGGCGAUCCUAAAUGGUCAACUCCGCCAUUGAGAUCUUCGGUUUAUGCAUUACUGCUAACUGAGAUGGGUAAUCUUGUUUUACUCGACAAAUUUAAUAGUUCUCUUUGGGAGAGCUUCCACAAUCCAACAGAUACAAUAGUCAUUGGACAACACUUGCCAAAAGGAACAACGCUGUCCAACGCUGUAUCAAAUGGUGACCUAUCAACUGGAGAUUACGGGCUUGCUGUCACUGAUUCUGAUGCAAUAUUGCAGUGGCAAGGACAGACAUAUUGGAAAUUGUCGAUGGAAACCAUGUCUUAUACAAACUCUAACUCUAUUGUGGAAUAUAUGGCAAUAAACAGAACUGGUCUUUUUCUGUUUGGUAGAAAUGGAUCCGUUAUUGUUAUUCUGAUGAGUUUGUCACCAUCUGACUUCCGAAUUGCCCAGUUGAGUGCUUCUGGCCAGUUUAUAAUCAAACACUUCUCCGGUAGUCAAUGGGAACAGGAUUUCACAGGGCCAAUUGACACUUGUCGAAUUCCACUUAUCUGCGGCAGGAUUCGGUUAUGUGUUGAUACUAUGUCUAACAGGCCAACUUGUUCGUGUCCUCCAGGUUUCCUUCAGACACAAAAUUCAAGUGGUUGCGUGCCAAGCCAAGGUUAUUCUUUGCCGCAUGCUUGUAAUUCAAGCCAAAAUGUCAACGACUCUAGUUCAUCUGUUGUUUCCUAUUUGAGGCUUGGAUACGGUAUGGAUUACUUUUCAAUUGAUUUCUCCGAGCCUACAAAAUAUGGUGUAAAUUUGUCACUCUGCCAAGAUUUCUGCACAGCAGACUGUUCUUGCUUGGGAAUUUUUUAUAAAAAUUCUUCUGGAUCUUGCUAUACACUUGAAAAUGCAUUAGGUUCCAUCACAUCAAGCACGACUGAUGAAGAUGAUAUGUUGGGAUACAUUAAAGUUACAGCUGAAGCACCUCGAGAUGACAACACCAAUGGUGAUCAAAAUAAAAAAUUUCCUGUAAUUGCUCUGGUGCUGUUACCUUUCACCGGGUUCUUCUUUAUGGUUGCACUUGGUGUCCUUUGGUGGAGAAGAAGGAAAAAUUCCAAGAUUAGAGAGAGAAAACUAGGUCAUGCAAACUCAUUUUCUUCUGAUGAUCUGGACGCCUUCUUCAUCCCAGGCUUACCCCAACGGUUUGACUAUGAAGAGCUUGAGGUAGCUACUGAUAAUUUUAAAACCCAUAUUGGUUCAGGCGGCUUUGGUUCUGUAUACAAAGGCACACUCUCUGAUAAAUCUGUCGUGGCAGUAAAAAAGAUUACCAAUUUAGGAGUUCAAGGGAAAAAAGAUUUUUGCACUGAAAUAGCAGUAAUUGGAAAUAUUCAUCAUGUCAAUCUGGUGAAGUUGAGAGGAUUUUGUGCUCAGGGUAGACAGCGCCUUUUAGUUUACGAGUAUAUGAAUCGCGGCUCAUUGGACAAGACUCUUUUCGGUUGUGGACCUGUCUUAGAAUGGCAAGAAAGGUAUGAUGUAGCUCUCGGAACUGCUCGGGGACUUGCAUACUUGCAUAAUAGCUGUGAGCAAAAAAUUAUUCACUGUGAUGUCAAACCAGAGAACAUUCUUUUGCAUGAUUAUUUUCAGGCUAAGAUAUCCGAUUUUGGUCUCUCAAAGCUCUUAAGCCCUGAACAGUCCAGUUUAUUCACUACAAUGAGAGGCACUCGCGGAUAUCUUGCACCCGAAUGGCUAACGAACUCAGCAAUAUCAGAAAAAACCGAUGUUUACAGUUUUGGAAUGGUACUGCUUGAACUUGUGAGUGGAAGGAAAAAUUGCUCGACUCGGUCACAAAGCCAUAGCACGAAUAACAGUAAUAGUGGUGGUGGCCAAUCGACAUCAUCAUCCGGUUUAGGACUCGUUUAUUUCCCUUUAUUUGCAUUGGAGAUGCAUGAGCAAGGAAGGUAUUUAGAACUUGCUGAUCCAAGGCUCCAAGGGAGAGUGACAAGCGAAGAAGUGGAGAAAUUAGUAUGCAUUGCUCUUUGCUGUGUUCAUGAAGAUCCUGCAUUGAGGCCUAAUAUGGUUAGUGUUGUUGGAAUGUUGGAAGGUGGCGUUCCUUUAGCUCAACCAAGAGUAGAGUCUUUGAAUUUCUUGAGAUUUUACGGCCGUCGAUUUUCUGAAGCUUCAAUGGUAGGGGAGGAAAAUGGAGAAAGCAAUUUCAUUUUAUUUCCAAGAGGAAAUAAUUCUACCACAAGCGCGACAAGCGGUUCCCCUGCUCGUUUCUCUUAUAUCUCCUCACAGGAAGUCUCAGGUCCCAGAUAAUGUUUAAUGGUUCAAUUUCUGCUGCUUAAUUAUGUAUAGUGUAUUGUGAAUGAUAUAAAACCACAAAAUGUAUGCAACUGGAAUUUGUGCGUAUAUAUCUAUAUAUUGAAAUCA